CCAGGGCCCUGAGCCCAUGAGGAGACUUGUUGCUUCAACUUCAACACCGCAUGUUCUGGAGACGCGUCAGACAGGCAUUUUUGGGGUGCUGGCGUCUAAAUGGAGUACAGAAUGGCCCCUGGCCAGAAUCACUUCGAGCGAUUGAGCAAUGACCUGCUCGAAAUCGUGUUCCAGAAAGCGCUCUGGGCGCGGCCCUCGGAAAGGUUCACCCAGUGGAAAGCCCGAGAUCGCGUCAGUUUGGAGGCCACAUGCAAGAGGUUUCAAAAGUUGGUUCCACUGCUGGACUCCUUAGCAUGGGAUCUGGUCGCCCCUGGGAAUGCUGAUGUCCUCAGACGCUACCUAGAGAGCAAUCGCUUGGGGCCGCUGAAAAAGGUUGCGCUUGAAGUGAUUGGCGAUCCUAGCAACGUCUACAGCCUCAGCAGCAUUCUUGAGCUGAUAGCUGUCCAAUAUCGGAACAGUCUACAGGAGUUCCACCUGUUCAUCAGCGUCAAAGUGCGCUAUGAGGACUGGAGUGGUGUCUUCUCACUGUUUCAGGGGUGCCAGAACUUGGUCAUCCUGGACAUCCUUUUCCCGGCGCUCGAAAGUUUAGAGAUGCACCAGCACUUAGGGGGCGACUAUGACAGCUGUCGAGCAAUGUGGCCUGGCAAACUCUUCCUCUGGGGCCGCGGGGGGAAAUCAGGAGUUGCUGACAGGAGCGAUCCAGCAAAGAUGGCUGUGCCAAGGAGUCUUGACAGCUUUGUGGCUCUGUUGAUGAGCCGCAGUCCUGCGGCCACUCUCGUAGCGGUGGACCUGUUGGGAGAACUGCGGUACGCUGGUUGCGCAGCAGCAAUAGCACAAGUCCCAGGGAGCAUCGAAAGCCUGUUCUUCCUCUUUGACAGCACUAGCGAGGGAAAGUUGAAGAAAGCGGCAGGAGACCUCCUGGUCUCCUUGGCCCGGGACGGCGGAAUCAAGAAGCGUGUGCUUGCUGCCAGGGGUUCUUUGCGAACGUUGGUUUCCUGUUUGCAAUCCGGAUGCAGCGGUGUCCAGGAAAGGGCGGCGGAGCUCAUCUGGCUGCUGGCGGACAGCAAAGAGGAUCAGCAAGCCAUGGCUAAAACGUGGGGGCUUCUGCGCGGGUUGGGCGGCCUUUUGCACAGUAGAAACAGCGCCUGCCAAGAGCGAGCGGCUAGGGCGCUGCUCAGGGUCAGUCUCGGAGGCUCCGAGACACGAGUGCUUAUAGUGGAUACCGUUUCUGGUCUCCUCAAGCGAUCAGUGCAGCUGCUAUGUGGCAAAAAUCCCAGGGUGCAAGAUUCAGUGGGAAACCUUCUGGAUCUGCUCAUGGUGGAGCUCAGGACGAGGAGAGCGAUGUUCCACACGGCAGGGUGUCACCGGAAGCUCCUGGAGAACGCAAGCGGCAACGCCGGGGCCGCCAAGGUGCUGACCUCCGUAAUGUCCGACUACGACGUGCGGAAGAGCGUAGCGAAGGUGCGGUUGACGCUCAGGCGGUUGAUCGGGCUUCUGAGCGCGGAGGACGGGGAGGUUCGAGAGGCUGGGGCCGAGAUAAUGGAGUACUUUGUGGCGGACGACGAGCACAGGACAGUCCUAGGCGUCGACCGCCUCUGCUUGCAAGGCCUCGCGUCCCUGCUGCAGCCCGGCUCUAGUUGCAAAGCGCAGGGGUGCGCUGCGCGAGCGUUGGCUCUCCUUGCUUACGAAGACGAUACCCGCAUUGGCGUCGUAGAAUUACCCAACGUUGCGGAGCGGCUAGUGAACUUUCUAAAGAGCGAGGAGGCAUCGACGAGGGAGGCAGCCUUGGAGGCGCUGCAGAACCUGUCGGUGCACGAGGGGGCUGCCAAGCACAUCGCAACUUUGCCAGGGUCAUUGCAGUCUCUGGUUAGCCUCAUGGAUGACGAGAGCGCGGGUAUUGCGGAGGGGGCCACAGCCACGCUGGCCAAUCUGCUGGCGAACGAAGAAGAUGGGGGACCGCUCGCUGAUUUCCCAGGGUUCGCCGACAAGGUGGUCAGCCUGCUGGGUAGGGAGAGCGCCGAGGUUCAGAUGGCUGCGUCGAGGGCGCUGCAGAACCUGUCAAUCUGCUCGGCAAACGCGAGGCGGGUCUUCGCAACUCCAAGAUGCCUGUCUAGGUUCGUUGGCGUGAUGAGGGGUGAGAAUGCGUAUGCGAAGGAGAGAGUGGUAUAUGCAAUAGGCAAAAUGGGGGUUACUCUUGCGCUGCGGUUUCAACUAUGUCAGUACCCAGGGAUUCUGCGAGCGAUGGAGGACUUCGUGAGCACUGCAAGCAAGGUUUAAAGGUUCAAUUUUAUAGGGAGCGACCAGUGUAAGCCUCUAGGCCCUGAGUGCAGGGCCGCGAAAAAACCUUCUCACUGGAUAAUGGACGGUGUGUACUAUACAUGACCUGUAACAAAGCGUGAAGCUAGCUUUUCCUAGCCAGGAGUACAAGCAGGACUCAUGGCAAACUUAAAAAGUACUCAUGCUUGGGA